AUAAGAGCGGUGGAGUGAAGUCCGCAGGCUGAGGAAACUGUAACGGACCGGUCGGGGAGGAUAAUGUUGAUAACGGUCAGAGAAGCAGCGGCCUUCUCUUCUUGUUCUUCUUGUUCUUCUUCUUCUUCUAUUUCCCCACUCGGUUUCCAUGUCAGACAGCCCUCAAGACCGAAGAGACCAAUAUGCAGAGCGAGCUUUGUCGCCCCACCAAGAAAAUGUCUGACCCCCAGCUCAUGGAGGAGCCUCCUCCGCCCUCUCUUCACCAACAAGGGCAGCUCCCAGAGUUCAGUUUUCGAUCCCUUGGGUAUUGAACCCUGUUCAUCUUCCUCGCUCUGCGAUACAUGGAAAAGCCUUCUAGACUCGUUUUCACCUGUCCUAGAAAGUUCUUCUGGUACAAAAAGGGAGAAGACAUCAUCUCGUGGAGUUGCAGCUGCAAUUGAGGACAGCUCCAUUGAUUUUGGGGAUUUCUUCAAGGGCCCCUUACCUGGAAAAUUUCUCAAGCUGUUGGGCUACCUGGCCCUUUCUCGACUGGGAAUCUAUGUUCCUCUUGGUGGGGUGAAUCGAGAGGCUUUUGCAGGAAAUUUGGAUCAGAACAGUAUGUUGAGCACUUUGGACUCGUUCUCCGGGGGUGGGAUUGGGAGGCUAGGCAUCUGUUCUCUUGGUAUUGUUCCAUUCAUCAAUGCCCAAAUCGUUUUUCAGCUUCUAGCACAAUUAUAUCCCAAGUUGCAAGACCUCCAAAAACGAGAAGGAGAAGCUGGAAGAAAGAAAAUUCUACAGUAUACUCGAUACGCUUCAGUUGGAUUCGCAAUAGUACAGGCGAUUGGACAAGUACUCUAUCUGAGACCCUACGUAGAAGAUUUUGAUGUUCAGUGGGCCAUCACAUCCGUUACAUUACUAACACUUGGCUCGGUGUUCACAACAUACAUUGGGGAAAGGAUUUCCGACCUAAAACUCGGGAAUGGAACCUCGCUCUUAAUAUUCACGAGCAUUAUCUCCUACUUACCGGCAUCUUUUGGAAGGACUGUGGCAGAGGCUUAUCAAGAUGGUAACUAUGUUGGACUGGGCACGAUCAUUUUGUCCUUCUUCCUUUUGGUGUUUGGUAUCGUAUACGUUCAGGAAGCAGAGAGGAAGAUCCCUCUUAACUACGCUUCAAGAUACGCCAGCAGAAGUGGAGGGCCUCAACGGUCUGCAUACCUCCCUUUUAAGGUGAAUAGCUCUGGUGUGAUGCCAAUUAUAUUCUCGACAUCCUCACUGGCUCUUCCUGGUACUCUGGCACGCUUCACUGGUAUAGCUGCUUUAAAGAAGGCUGCAGUUGCUCUGAACCCGGGAGGUUCUUUCUAUCUCCCCACCAACAUAUUACUAAUUGCUUUCUUCAACUAUUACUACACAUUUCUACAAUUGGACCCGGAUGAUGUGAGUGAACAACUGAAACGGCAAGGAGCUUCUAUACCACUUGUCCGACCAGGGAAAAGCACCUCUGCAUAUAUUAAAACGGUCCUUAGUCGGAUUUCAGUUCUGGGUUCAGCAUUCCUUGCCAUCCUUGCUGCAGGUCCUGCAGUAGUCGAGCAAAUCACGCACCUCACAGCUUUUAGAGGAUUUGCAGGCACUUCAGUCCUCAUCCUUGUGGGUUGUGCAACAGACACUGCUAGAAAAGUCCAAGCGGAGAUAAUAUCCCAGAAGUACCGGAACAUCGAAUUCUACGAUAUCAAUAAGUUUGACAAGUGAAAACUUCCAAAGAGAGCGACGAAUCAGUGUGAGUGGAGAGCAUGAGCUAUGGAGACUUUCUCCUUGGUUUUCAGGAUUUACACUGCAUUCCUGAGAAUGUGAUUUUAAUGUGGGUUUGCAUGGCCUCUUUUAUGUGUUUCCAGUCAAUGUAACAAAUCUAUUAAUUUUCUUUUGAGAAUUGUAUUUCUGCUGUAUUAGUCGGUAA